AUGCCGGGGGCUCUGGAAGCGCUGGACGAGGUGAUCCGGAGGGUAGACAGCGGUUCGCUCAGUGGGAGUGAAGCGAUCGAGCAGUUGCUGGGAGCACAGAUCGCGCUGCGGAACAACCGUCGUCUGGAGGCGGCGAUGCGAUCGAGCCGGCUUCCGGCGGUGAAGAGGCUGGCGGACUUCGACUUCACGUUCCAACCCUCCCUGCGCCGGGAGCAGAUCGACUCGCUCCACGAGCUGGACUUCCUCCGGCGAAAGGAGAACGUGGUGUUCCUUGGUCCUCCGGGGGUGGGGAAGACCCACCUGGCGAUCAGCUGGCGAUCCGGGCGGCGGAGAGGGGCCGGCGGGUGUACUACGGGUCCCUGA